CGAAUCUGAGUAUGACAGUUGGAGCUGUUCUGCAGGUGCUUGCAGUGUGGUUGCUGCUAACUGUGGUGGCCAUACAAGGAGAUGAAUCCUGUAAGCCACCACACCACAUGAGGUGUGACAAUGGAAUGUGUAUAAUGGUCUUCUUCAGAUGUGAUGGAGAUAAUGACUGUGGUGACUGGUCAGAUGAACAUGGCUGCAAUGGAACAGAGCCUGCUACUCCAGAGUGCAUGGCUGAUGAAUUCAGAUGUGGAGAUGGCACUUGCAUCCCACCCGAGUGGAUAUGUGAUGGGAGUCAGGACUGCAGUGAUGGUAGUGAUGAAGUGCUGGGCUGCAGCAAACAGCUAUCAUGUCAUGAAGACUUCCUAUGUGACAACCACCACUGUGUCCCAAAAGCAUGGCAGUGUGAUGGGAAUGAUGACUGUGGUGAUGGCAGUGAUGAAAUGAAUUGCCAUGGAAAAUCAGCUAAGCCAGACUGUGAUGUUGCCCACAACUUAUAUGCGUGCAGAGAUGGCCUACAUUGUAUAGAAAUGACUGAAGUGUGCGAUGGCACACCCCACUGUCUUGAUGCCUCAGAUGAAGGUUUACUGUGCCAAAAAAGCAAGUCACUAUGUGCAUCAAAGGGAUGCACUUUCAAAUGUCAACCAACACCAAAUGGACCAUUGUGCUUGUGUCCCUUGGGGUUUGCUCUUGUGGAGGAGAAGUACUGCAGAGAUGUUGAUGAAUGUCUCACCUAUGGCAUCUGCUCCCAGAAGUGCAACAACACCAAUGGUGGUUACUUGUGUUACUGUGCUGAAGGCUACUCAUUGCAAAGCAACAACCAUACCUGUGCUGCCAAUGAGGGUGAAGCUGUACUGCUUUUUUCAACAAAAACUGAAGUUCGUGCUUACUUCAUGAAAAACAAGGUGUACAUAACUAUUGCAGACAAUCAAAAGCAUAUAGCUGGUGUGGGAUAUGAUGGUUCCUAUGUCUACUGGACAAGUGUGAGAGACAGUGAAGAGGCUAUACUGCGAAGCAAUGCAGAUGGUUCUGCAAUAGAUGUUCUUGUCACAUCAGGUCUUAGCUUGCCAGAAGACUUGGCCUUGGAUCUUGUGACUGGAAACAUAUACUUCACUGAUGGGGAAGAAAGCUAUAUAGGGGUAUGCACAAAAACUGGCAAAGAAUGUGCAGUUCUGGUGAAUGAAGAUGUACUGAAGCCCAGAGGCAUUGCCCUACUGGUCCAGAAGGGGCAAAUGUUCUGGUCUGAUUGGGGAAAUGUGCCAAAAAUAGCAACUGCUGGGAUGGAUGGAUCUUUUCCUAGGGUACUUGUAUCAGAGGUCCAGUGGCCAAAUGGCAUAGCAAUAGACUUAGGGAAUAAACGUCUAUACUGGGUUGAUGCCAAGCUCCAGACAAUAGAAUCUGUGACCCUGGAUGGCUCGGACAGAAGGAUUAUCCUGAAAGAUGUUGUGAAGCACCCAUACUCAAUAGCAGUAUUUGAAGACACUUUGUAUUGGUCUGACUGGCAUGGAAAGCAGAUCUUGUCUUGCAACAAAUACACUGGGAAGGAGCACAAGAAUUUAGUGAGGUCAAGAAAAAAUCAUAUUUAUGGAAUAAGCAUCUACCAUCCUGUUCUCCAUCCACAGGUGAGAAACCCAUGUGAAAGUGCUGGCUGCAGUGACAUCUGCAUGCUUGCUCCAGAAGAUUCAUACACUUGCACCUGUCCAGAAGGAAAGCAGUUGGCUAGUGAUCAGCAUACUUGCAUGGAUCUCCAGAGGAAACAGCUAAUUGUGGCAACUGCCAGCAAUCGAAUAGUGGAGGUGGAGCACAGAAUCCUUGGAAAGCAAUCAUACUCAGUUAUGAUGCCAACGGGUAUUCAACAGAUAGAUGCUACUACAUACAGUCCUAUAGAUGAUAUGCUGAUAUUUGCAGACAACUCGCAGAGAAAAUUAUUCACUCUGUCCCUUGCCACAAUGAGACUGAAGACUUUGAUCAGACGCAGGAUUGGGUGGCUAACUAGCAUGGAUUUUGAUCCCUAUGGCAACAACUUAUACUGGACGGACUCCGAACGCAACAUUGUUGAGGUGAUGAGCAUGGCCACAAAACAACGUAGUGUGUUGCUGCGAGGGGUUGGUGAUGAGGCACCACACAGUAUAGCUGUAGUCCCACAAGAGGGGUACAUGUUUGUUGCUUGUGGGAUGGAAGGCAAGAUACAUAUAGAUAAAAUGUUCAUGGACGGUUCUGGUAAGAGGGAUCACUCAAUUAAAGGUAUUAAGGGGCCAGAAGUGUCCCUGUGGUAUGAAUCUGGUUUAAAUGAAAUUUUCUGGGCUGAUAGUGGAAAGAAGACUAUCGGCAGCUUUCCCAUUGAUGGUGAGGGCAGACACAUUGUACAGAGACUGACUGCUUCUCCAGUGGCUAUUGCCUCUGUUGCACAGGAUCUGUUCUGGACUGUUGGUGGCAGCAACUACUUGUAUUGGGCCAAUAAAUACAUGAUUGAGGGAAAGGUCAAGAGAGUUACUUUAGAAAUGGAAGAAUCUCAAAACAUCAGGUUGACAGCUGUGAAAGGGGUAAAGUUUCCUCCAACUCAUCCUUGUCACAUACUGAAUGGAGGCUGCAGCCAUUUGUGUUUGCUGAGAGGACAACAACAUGUCUGUGGGUGCCCAGAAGGGAUGUACCUCCAAGGUAACAAUGGAACUUGCAUUGCUGAUGUCUGCAAAGGGAAUGAAUUUCAUUGUGAGAGAGACAAGAUAUGUAUACCUGCAGCAUCCAGGUGCAAUGGAGUUCUCGACUGCCCAGGAGGAGACGAUGAGAGGAACUGUGAUCAGUGUAGGGAUUAUGAGUUCAGAUGUGACAAUGGCCAGUGCAUAUCAUUUGAAAUGAAAUGUGAUGGUACAAAGCAGUGUCAAGAUGGGUCAGAUGAAAGGCACUGUGAAAGAACAGCUUGCUUGCCAGAUGAGUUUGAAUGUACAAAUGGUGGGUGCAUAGACAGGCAUAUGCGCUGUGAUGCUCGGAGUGACUGUGAGGACAGUUCUGAUGAAGAAAACUGUGCUGCAGUGACCUGCCAAGAGGAGGAAUACAGGUGUGAAGUAGGUACUUGCCUCCCUGCCUCAUGGGAAUGUGACGGUGAAGUAAACUGCCCAGAUGGCUCUGAUGAACAUGACCAGUGUCCUCCUCCUACUUGUGGACCACAGGAGUUCAUGUGUAGCAAUGGGAACUGCAUAUACGUGGAAUUUAUCUGUGACACACAAGAUGACUGCGGUGAUGGCUCUGAUGAAAAGCAGUGCAGUGCCCCUACCACAAAAAACAUAUCCUGCACAAAAGAUGAAUUCUUAUGCUCCUCAACAAAAGGGACAUGUAUUCCUUCCACCCAGAGGUGUGAUGGCAAUGCAGACUGUCCAAAGGCAGAAGAUGAGAGAGGAUGUGGGUGUGAUCCUCAAGAAUUUGAGUGCAAGAAUGGAAAAUGUAUUGCUUCUUCUUGGGUCUGUGACACAAUGAAUGACUGUGGUGAUGGAUCUGAUGAAGAUCCAGAUAGAUGUACCAGCAAGAAAGGAGAAAAGAAGUGUGCUGGUUUUGCAUGUGCAUCUGGCAAAUGCCUGGAGGUUAAGCAACUAUGUGAUGGCACUAAAGAUUGUGAAGAUGGAUCUGAUGAGGGAGGAAAGUGUGGAUCUGCCUGCAAGGGUAGCCCUUGUGAUGGUGGCUGUCAACCCACACCAGCUGGACCACAGUGCUACUGUGAUGAAGGCUAUGAACUUCAACCUGAUGGGAGAAGCUGCCAUGAUAUCAAUGAAUGCCUGCAGCAUGUGUGUUCACAGGUGUGCUUGAAUGUGCCUGGCAGUUUCAGGUGUGCCUGCAUGCCAGAGUACUCACUGAAGUUAGACAGAAUAUCCUGCAAGGCCAAAGGUCGUCCUAUGGAAUAUGUGUUCGUUGUUGGCGAAAGUGAAAUACGCAUAGCUUCACAAUCGUUCAGCCAUGUUGAUGUUGUACACAGACAUACGUCCCUCAAAGUAACAGGCCUGGAUGUUGAUGCCAGAGAGGACUUAGUUUACUGGAGUGCUCGUGACACGAACACUAUUUACUCUCUCUCAUUAAAGACACGCAACAAGACUUCAAUAACUGGACUAGGAAAACCAACAGAAAUAGCUAUAGACUGGCUGACAAAGAAUGUUUAUUAUGUAAAUGAAUUGUUUGUAAGCCAAAGCUAUUUGCAGGUAUGCAGUUUGGCUGACAAGUUAUGUGCCAAGGUGAUAAAUGGAGAGCACAACACUGAAAUAAAGAACUUGGUGGUUGACCCACCUUCAGGCCUCUUGUUUUGGACUGAGACCAGUAUGUUCACAUUUGGCACUCCAUCAAAUGCCAUACUGAGUGCAGAAAUGUCUGGAGCAAACAAGCAAAGGGUGAUAAAAUCAAUCCUGGGAUAUGUUAGUGGCCUUGCCGUGGACCCGAUAAAGAGGAGACUGUACUGGGCAGAACGGUUGUCUCAUGUUAUAGAAGCAGUUGACUACAGUGGUGAAAACAGGCAGCAGCUCUUCAGGAAACAGGUGGAAAACCCUACUUGCCUUGUGCUGUUUGAGGAUAACUUACACUGGCUGACCUCGGGAUCUGGUGUGCUAACAAGAUGUCGGAUUUUUGGAGUGCUUCCCACAUGUGAAAAGAUUCACAUCCAUGCAUCUGAUGCUGACUACUUCACAAUUGUCCAAGAGACGCGUCAGUUAAAGGGACAUAACCCCUGCAAAGGACACAGCUGCUCAUAUUUGUGUGUGCUGUCACCACGUGGUGCAGAAUGCCUAUGCCCAGAUGGUAGUGUGGUUGAUGCAAACACUCCCUGUAAAAGGAAGGACAACUAUCCCAAUAUGGGUUUUAAUGGUGGUCAACAUAAAACUCUUGCAAAGGCAAAACCAAAUACAGCAGAAGGCAACUGGUCACUUGCAGCAGUUCUCACUGUAACUUUCUUGAUCCUUGCAAUAAUAGGAGUUGCAUACUAUUUGUACAAGAGGCAAAUGGUUAACCUGAAGAAACUGGAUGUUAGUGUUCAUUUCCGGAACCCAGGAUUUGGAUUCCAGAGCACUCCAGGCCCAAAAACUUCAGCAGCAGCUCUAAAGCCUGGAGAACAUGAAUAUGUGAAUCCACUCCAAAUGCCUAAAGAGACAGUCUCUCCACGUGUCUAAAUGUUACAAAUUUGGAAGUGCUAUUUGUGGAGUUGGUACAGAAGCUGUAAGGCUACUAUGCAUUUAGAGAAAUUAAGGAUAGUUCCCAAAGAUAUGUGUGAAGUGGUCAUGGUUGUAUUGCAUGUCAGUGUGUUAAUAUUUAUUAAAAUUCUGUUGGUUAUAAAGGACAUUGUACUCCUGAU